AUGUCGCGAGCCAACUCCAGCGCAACUUUGUCGAGUUCGACCUCGCGCGCGUUGAGCCGCGUCCUCGCGGGCCCUCCAGGAGAGACGGAUGAGCACGAAGGGCGCAAGUUGAGCCAGCCGCAGAAGGAACUGCUGUAUCUCGCACACAACCAUGGCGCGCUCAGGUUCGGAGAAUUCAAACUGAAGAGCGGGCGGACGAGCCCCUUCUUCUUCAACGCAGGGAUGUUUGGCAACGGCGAGGCGAUGGAGCUCAUUUCCAAGGCGUACGCCACCGAAAUCGUCCGCAGCGGAGUCGAGUUCGAUCUGCUCUUCGGCUCCGCCUACAAGGGCAUUCCGCUGGUGGCGUGCACAGCGAUGUCGCUGAACCGCGUGUACUCCCGCCCGGCGCCGUUUAUUUACGACCGCAAAGAAGUGAAAGAUCACGGGGAAGGUGGCAAUCUCAUCGGCGCACUGAACGAGCUCAAACCGAAGCUCAUUCCAGGAACAACCGACCAGUACCGCCCGCCGCGGGUCUUGCUCAUCGACGACGUGCUGACUUCGGGGACGGCGAUCCGCGCCAGCAUGAAACUUCUCAGAGAGCUGCAGCCCGACGUCGAGGUCGCCGCCAUAUGUGUGAUGCUCGAUCGCCAGGAACGGGUUUCCGAAGAGUCUAACUUAUCUGCUGCUGAGCAACUGGCGCUGGACUGCAAGACCACGGUGCUCUCCGUCCUCAACAUAACGGAUAUGCUUUUGUUCCUCGAUGAGCUGAUUUCCUCGGGUGAUGACCUCGAGUCGCGGGCGACACUGCAGAAAGCUCGAAAUGAUUUAAUUGAAUAUCGCCGCAAAUAUGGAGUUACAGACGAGCUACCCACAGAUGUAUUGUAA